AUGCGACCCACAGUAUCGGUCACCACGUGCCUGCUGGCAUCGCUCUGGGCGAUUGCCGCAGCCACGUCAACCCAAGGCCUCUACGACCUGGUGAAGCGCAGGAUACCUUCACACUGCGAAGAUUUCGUUUUCAUUCUUGACGACGCGACGCGCGCGAACGGGACGGAGCUGUUCAACGACGAGUACUCGAUCUCAACCUCAAACGGCUCAAUCGCAAUCGCGGGGACUAGUCCUAGUGCUCUGGCAACUGGACUUCGUCGGUACUUCACCGAUGUCGCGCAUGAGGACAUCUACUGGUUUAUUGGGAGUCGUUUGGAUCAGGCCGCUUCACCCUUGCCGAGGCCGCAAGGGACAAUUACCGGGAAGAGCAUCGUGCCCUUCAGAUACUUCUUCAAUACAGUAACCUUCUCCUACACGACGCCCUUCUGGUCUUGGGAAGAUUGGGAGCUCGAGCUCGACUGGCUAGCGCUCCACGGCGUCAACCUCCCUCUCGCCUGGGUCGGCUUCGAAAAGAUCCUCCUCGACGUCUUCCAGUCCAUCAACCUCACAACCUCUGAGAUUAUCCCCUUCUUCUCCGGCCCAGCUUUCCAGGCUUGGAAUCGCUUCGGCAACAUCCAAGGCUCCUGGGGCGGCGAGCUCCCUUUGCAAUGGAUCGAUGGGCAAUUUCAACUGCAACAAAAGAUAGUGACUAGAAUGCUGGACCUCGGCAUGACGCCUAUACUGCCCGCUUUCACUGGAUUCGUACCGAGGGCCCUGGUAGAUGUCUAUCCCAACGCGACGGUCGUAAACGGCAGUCAAUGGGAGGAGUUCCCGACUGAAUACACCAACACGACCUUCCUCGAGCCCUCAGAUGCUCUUUUCUCCGAGCUCCAGAACCGCGUCAUCACAAAGCAAAUCGAAUACUAUGGCAACAUUACUUCGUACUACACGCUCGACCAAUACAACGAAAACGACCCAUUCUCCGGCGACCUUUCCUACCUCCGGAAUAUAACACAUGGCACAUGGCAGUCCCUCAAGUCGGCCAACCCAGCAGCAGUCUGGGUCAUGCAAGGCUGGCUCUUCACUUCCAACGCCGACUUCUGGACAAACGAGCGUAUCGAGGCGUAUCUCUCCGGCGUCGAAGAAGACGAAGACAUGCUGAUCCUGGAUCUAUUCUCCGAGUCUCAACCGCAGUGGCAGCGCACAGAUUCUUACCACGGCAAGCCCUGGAUAUGGAACCAACUACACGAUUACGGCGGCAACAUGGGCCUGUACGGCCAGAUCGCCAACGUAACCAUAAACCCCAUCGCCGCGCUCGCAAACUCGUCCUCGCUCGUCGGCUUUGGUCUCACGCCCGAGGGCCAGGAAGGAAACGAGAUCAUGUACAAGCUGCUGCUCGACCAAGCAUGGAGCUCCGCGCCUAUCGACACCGCCUCGUACUUCCGGAACUGGACCCGCACGCGGUAUUCUACCUCCAACGGCACGCUCCCUGAGGAGCUUUACAAUGCAUGGGAAUGGCUGAGACAGAGCGCAUACAACAACACGCAGCUAACAUCCAACGCCGUCCCCAAGGCAAUCUACGAACUCGCGCCGAAUAUCACGACGCUAACGGGCCGAACGGGGCACCAUCCUACGACGAUUAACUAUGAUCCCCAAGCAGUCCUGGCUGCGUGGCAGAACAUGUAUGCCGCUGGAAACGCCGAGGCUUCCCUCUGGAGCAACCCAGCCUUCAAGCACGACAUCGUAGACAUCACGCGGCAGGUCCUCGCCAACGCCUUUCUCUCCACCUACACGACGCUGAUAUCGGACUGGAACUCGACCUCGACCAACACGACCGCCGUCAGGACACAAGCGGACACCCUCACCAAACUCCUGACCUCACUCGAUGCGGCGCUCUCCGCGCUUCCACAGUUCAGUCUCGCGCCUUGGAUCGAUUCAGCGCGAGCCUGGGCCGGCAACGCGACAAACUCCUCCGCCAUCGCUGACUUCUACGAGUACAAUGCUAGGAACCAGAUCACGCUGUGGGGCCCGGACGGCGAGAUUAAUGAUUACGCGAGUAAGAGCUGGGGUGGAUUGGUCGGCGAGUAUUACCUCCCGCGUUGGCAGAGCUUUCUGGACUACCUCGUGAGCGUGACGCCGGCGACGUAUGAUGCUAGCGUAGCGCGGGCUGGCGUGGAAGCUGUGGAGCAAGAGUUCCAGGACGCGGGGAGUGGUGGAGUGGGGGUUAGGACGGAGGGUGUGAGGGAGGUGAAGGACGUGGUUGAGAGUGUGGUGGUGCCUGCGCUCUCUGAUUUGAGGGUGCUGUAG